AUGAAAUCAUCUUGCCCCUUUUGCAGCAAGCGGUACAGCUCCUCCGCGAACUUCGAUAAACAUCUUCGAACUACACAUCCAUUUGAAGCAGAUGAAUGGCUGGGAAACCAAUUUUUACUCCUGGAGCGCGAUCAAGAGGCACCCGAUGACACUCACGACAGCCCGGAAGGCAUUCACGAUUCCUAUUCAGAUGCCCAUGACGACUCGGAUAGUUCGGAGAGCAACAGUAUCAAUUAUCAUGACCAAGAUCCAGAUAAUAAUUCAGAUCUGGAAUCCGAAUCAUAUUUUAUGAUGGAAGAGACAGAUGGAGAUGCAAAUAGGCAUGGGCCAGCGACAACGAUUUACGAGGGUGCUGGGGAGCGUCUCUACCGCUCGGAGGACUAUGACGAAUGCACACAAAACCUUCUCCGAUACCCGUGGCACCCAUUCAACUCAGCAUACGAGUUUAGAAUGGCACGUUAUUUCAUACUGUCGAAGGCCUCACAAGGAAAUAUCGACAGUUUCUUUCUACACGCUCCGUCAAGCAGUGGCGAAUGCUCCUACAGGACUGGGCGAGGUUUUAUAAAGAGGUUGGACGAAAUGAAUGACAUAUUGGGAAAGGCGAGCUGGCAUCAUUCGGAGGUGGAUAUUGGGGGAGAGAAAAUCCCUUACUAUUACCGGGAUGCAAUGGUAAUUGUGCGAUAUCUUCUAGGCCAACGGGCCUUUCGGGAGUCAUUGGUGUACACGCCAGUGGUAGAGCAUAAUGAAUCUGGCGAGAGAAUGUACAGGGAAAUGCAUACGGGAGAUUGGUGGUGGGAGACGCAGGUCUGUGCGGACAAGAAAGCCUGGCCAAUCUAUCUUACCAUCGGGAACAUCAAGUCAUCGGUCCGGAGCAAGCCCACCGGGCAUUCGUUAAUUCUCCUAGGGCUACUGCCAGUCCCACCUAAGCUCGGGAAGAACUCACUCGCUAAUUCCGCUUUACGACGUCAGAGUCAAAUGGCGCUGCAUCGCGCCCUUGGGGAGAUCUUUCAGAGCAUUCGGGAGUGCUCUCAGGAAGGCGAGCUAAUCACAUGCGCCGACGGGGAGAACCCGGGAAACCUGGGACCGGUGGAAUACCUUGCCGCGAGAUCAGUAAAGACACUCUUCAAUGUUUUCUGGGGUAUGCCGAGGGUUAAUCCAUACGAUCUCAACAAACCGGACAUUCUGCACAAUAUCUACCUAGGGAUGUUGAAGCACAUGAUGGAGUGGGUUCAGGCUUUCUUGAAGAAGCACAAUCGAUUGGAGGAAUUUGACAAAGCUUGGGCCUCAAUUGCGCCUUACCCUGGACUGGCAGUACCAAACAAGGCAUAUCGUGCCACAACCCAAUGGCAAGGGAAGGAGAUGAGAAAUCUGGGGCGGGUCGUUCUUGGAGCACUCGCGGCUGCUUUGAGAAACCCGGGGGUGGCUGUCAGGGGCGACUUCGCAAAGGCAUUGAAAUGUGUACGAGGCUUAAUCGACUUCCACUUAAUGGCGCAGUAUGGGAGUCAUACGACGAGCACACUGAAUUAUAUGGAGAGCUAUCUCGAGGAUUUCCAUAAGCACAAGGAUAUCUUUUUAGAAUUCCAGGCGUACAAAAGGACGGUUAAGGAUGUGAGAGAUCGGACAAAAGCUGUGAAGACCUCAGGCUCCCAGAGCGCUCAGCGAGGUUUGGAGGAGAUUCGCGAGAUACGGGAAAGGUCUCACUUCAACUUCAUCAAAUUGCACGUGUUAACGCACUCUCGGGAACAUGUCGAACGCUUUGGGAGCAUUCCCCAGUACUCCACCGACAUCAGGGAACUCGCCCAUAUACGUCAGAUAAAAGAGGCAUACGGAGCAUCCAACAAGGUCGAUGCUGCAACGCAGAUACUGGACUAUGGGGGGCGGCGGUUGGCGUUAGAGAUUCGAAUGCUGAAUCUGAAAGACAUUGUUGGAGGUCCUGAGAGCACUGACGACAUCCUUUGGAGCCAUCGAGAUAACCUGAAGGAGUUACUUGAGAUUUUUAAAAUCGAAGACCGGAAAAAAACACCAAAUGAACGAUCCAUAGUAGAAGGCCGACUGCCUCUAAGGCGUCUUUGCAACCCCUCCACGAAAUCGGAAAGACUUUUCAAUAUUGCGGAUGGACUGCAAAUAAGCCAUACCACGUUAUAUCGCCUGAUAAAGGAGUAUGCAGAGGAUGCGGGAUGCUCUCAAAGCUUUGCCGGAAGCUCUGAGAGCAUUUUAGAGCGCCGGGUGGAGAUAUUCACAUGUUUGCAGGUUCCGAUACCAAUCUUCCAAAGACCUGAGGUGUACGAGGUUCACAAUAUCAGGUGUACGGGAAACGCGGCUUUUAGGAAAGGGAAAAUAAGAAAGGAUUGGGUAUGGGUGUCGGUAGCGUCCUCAGAGGAGUGGGGAGUGUUUCGGGGACGCUUACCAGGACGUGUCGAGGCUUUGUUCAAGCUGCGGGACAGUGGGGGGCGAGCACAUAGACUAUUUAUAGUGGAGCUACUCGAGGCAAAGGAUCGUGGUAUCGCUGAUAGCUCACAUGGGCUCCUGAAGGUUUGUAGGAGGAGGAGGAAGAAGAUGUGGGUCGUUAAUAUUCGGAGUAUAUUGGGAAUGGCCCAUUUGUUUGAAGUGGAGACUGGUAAUUGGUUGGUAAAUACUAGGAUAGACUUGCGUACGUAG